CCGCGCAGAUAUACGGGCUCCUUUAUUUGACAACUUAUUGUCCGCCAUUAUAGUACCUGUCGUUUUUUUUUACGGAAACGGACAUAGGAAGGAGGUGUUCUGCCAGUAUGCAACUGAACCUGUUCGAGUGAGGUGCAAUUUUAUUUAUGAAAUAAUCAGUUACGUAUUCGAGUGCGGAUUAGGAAGUUGUUUUUUUUUUUGUUUUAAAUAUUUUUUGCAAAAUGAAGUACCCAUGCAGGAAGAAUUUGACACUAUUCACAAGCAAUAUUUUUGUCGAUUUACCUUGCCGCAAAGACCAGCGGCCCGCGCCGCUCGACGCGGCGGCCAUCAUGAAAGAAAAGAGCAAAAACGCUGCUCGCUCCCGAAGAGAGAAAGAGAACGCAGAGUUCCUCGAGCUGGCUAAACUGCUCCCACUCCCGGCAGCCAUUACGUCACAGCUGGACAAGGCUUCCGUCAUCAGACUGACCACCAGCUACUUGAAGAUGCGCCAGGUCUUUCCAGAUGGUCUGGGUGACGCGUGGGGCGCGUCACCGCCACCACCUCAGCCUCGAGAGCUCUCCAUCCGGGAGCUGGGCAGCCAUCUGCUCCAGACCCUGGACGGCUUCAUCUUCGUGGUGGCGCCCGAUGGCAAGAUCAUGUACAUCAGCGAGACGGCGUCAGUACAUCUAGGACUUAGUCAGGUGGAGCUGACUGGCAACUCAAUAUACGAGUACAUCCACCAAAACGACCACGAGGAGAUGACCGCUGUGCUUAGCUUACAGCACCCACACUCUUACCUCGGACACCAAUACCCAAGCCUAGGGUAUCCUGUAGGCGGUACGUGGGGUCCCUCCGUGGACAUCGAGUGUGAACGAGCAUUUUUCAUCAGAAUGAAGUGUGUACUGGCAAAACGGAACGCAGGACUUACAACCUCAGGAUAUAAGGUGAUCCACUGCUCCGGGUACCUGCGCGCGCGUCGCUUCGGCGAGGGCGCGGCGCCGCUCGGCCUCGUCGCCGUCGGACACUCCCUACCGCCAUCUGCCGUCACGGAACUCAAACUACACUCCAACAUGUUCAUGUUUAGAGCCAGUUUGGAUAUGCGACUCAUAUUCCUCGAUGCCAGGGUGGCGUCGCUGACGGGUUACGAGCCGCAGGACCUGAUCGAGAAGACGCUGUACCACUACAUCCACGGCACGGACGUGCUGCACAUGCGGUACUCGCACUGCACAUUAUUAACAAAGGGACAAGUAACGUCCCGGUACUACCGGUUCCUGACGAAAGCUGGAGGCUGGGUGUGGAUGCAGAGCUACGCGACCAUAGUGCACAACAGCCGCUCUUCCCGGCCACACUGUAUAGUCUCCGUUAAUUAUGUGCUCAGCGACAUCGAAGAGAAGCACCUGAUACUGAACCUGGAGCAGGGCCCGCCCAAGCUGCACGCGGAGCCCCCCGCGCACCCCGCGCCCCCCACCCCCUCCCCCCACGUCCUCCGGCCAGACAAGCUCAACCACGUGCAACUAGAAAACGAGUUCAAUGGCGAUUCAAGUGGUGGAUAUCAGUACUCUGAGUAUUUACCUGUGUUACCUCCUUACGAAGAGGAUUAUCAUCAGAACGGUACGUACCACGAACUGUUCUACAACGAAAACUAUACGGAACCUGACGUCACACAGAACUAUAUGCUCCCGCAAAACCAGCGACCGUAUUCAGCCAGUUCCUCGUCAUGUUCCUCAAUGGAGAGUUCGACAGAAGUCGUUAAUCAGCAGUAUAACUACACGAAUUUAAUAUCCUUCUACCCGAAUCAGCCGCAAAAUGGCCGACCGCUUGACAAUUUUGGCGGGAAUUUUAGCAAGAUGGCGGCGAGUCCCGCUGUCACUGAAGGUUAUACGUCUGUCAUCGUUGACAACACACAGCAGUUCCACCAUCAUGGUGGGGGAGUGAACGAGUUUGUGCACUGAUGACGCGAAAAUUAGUUUUGAGGUUAUAAAAUUUGAGGUAGUGAGGCUAACUGCCUAGCAUUGGUAAAGUGAGGUAAUGUCAUCAAUAAUGCCAAAUUUAAGGUAUAUGAUGACACUGCCGCACUUUGUUGUGCAGUGGCGUAGCUAGGCGUGGGCGAAUUGGGCCUCGCACUUAGAAGGCCUCGCAAAGCCAACCUUUACCUUUACCUUUAUCUUGGGAAAACACAUUGAAAAGGGCCUCGCAGAUGUGGUUUUCGCCCAAGGCUAGAUUGGUCCUCGCUACGCCACUGUUGUUGUGUUCGUGUUGGUGCAAAGUCUCUAAGCACAGAUUAUUGAGAUAUUUGAGGCUAUAUGUCGAGAGACGCGACGAUUGUACAGACUUAAAAACUUGCCAAAUUGUAUUCUUGUUAGUUUUCUUAUAUUGAUUUAGGAAGAAAUUUAGAAAUUACUGAUUUUAAAAGUACUGCGAUCUUUUUUAUUUGGUAACAUUUAGAUAGUAACCUUUUCCAAAGGAAAAAUCGGUUGUGUAACUGAAAAUAUAGGUUACAAAUAUAAAAUAUGUAGGUAUGUGCGAAAAUGUAGCUUUAUUGUAUCGCAUUAUAUUUUAAAAUAAAUUUUUCACCUGCGAUAAUUUACGGACUGAAUAUAUGUAUAGGUCAUACUGAGCAACUUUUACUAUGAGACCAACCCCGAAACACGAAAAAUAAAUUUACUCUUAAAAUGUCAGACAGCCAAAAUGUAUGAAACAGCCAUUUUUUUUCUCGAUUUCUGGGUUGAUGCUAUAGUAAAAGUUUCUCAGUAUAUUCACUCCGUAAAUUAUUGCAGGCGACUAAAUAAACACCCUGUAUAACUUUUAUCUUGCCUGAUUGUAACGUGUAAGUGAAAUGUAAAUAGUGUUGUAAAUAGAUUUUAGGUUUAAUAUGUAAUAAUAUAAGCCAUAUAUUUAUAGAAAUAAAAUAAAAUAUAAUUAGAUCUGAUAAUUAUUAAUACAAUAAAGGAGCGAAGUAAUCUCAUCAUAACUAGUUACCUACCUAUUUCUUUGAAGAAAAUGUAGAUAUGGAAAUUGAUUUUAAUUUAACAAUUUUGUUAUGGUUUUGAUACCUUCACGAUCUUCUCACGCAUGGCUUUCACUUUCGCAUGCACCGAUCGGCGUGUAUCAAAAUAACAAAACCGAAACAAGUUGUUCAUCUGAAUCGGGUCACAGCUUUUGUAAGAAUCUGGCAGGAAUUGCCGACUGAAUCCGUACAAGCGAUUUGUAAUGGUAAAUCUAAGGUAUACCGUUUAUUAAAUAAAUAGAAUCAAAAGUGAUAUUUGGAAUUUGGAAGGUCACAGCUUAGUACAGUUAUAGACCAGAAACAGAUUUCCAUGACCAAUCGCCUCCCGGGCGAAAACUCGUAUAGUGGGUAACGGCUAUGUAUGAUUAACCCUCGUGAACGUCAGCUGCCGCUCCGUUGGUGGGAUGAGAAAUGGCAGCAAAAAGUCUAUAAAAAAAUUUUUGUCAUCGCCUCCCGCUUGAUACUUUGUCAGAUGAUAGUUUAGAAAUCGUCAGCCGGUUGUAUCGUGGUGGAAAGACCGUAUUACGCGUUUCAGUGGCUGCCAUUCUUCAACCCACCAACGGAGCGGCAGCUGACGUUCACGAGGGUUCAUCAUACAUAGCCGUUAACCCUAUACGAGUUUUCGCCCGGGAGGCGAUGACUGACGAAAUUUGCGCCUGGCUCGCGAUCUAUUAGACUCUAAGCCAAGACAUCAAACUACGCGGUGGGACUUCCGGUUCGAAGGCCAUCUUGAUAGUAGCCUCGCGAUUAAUUCCUUUGUUUUUUGCUCAUUAAUAUUGUUUAAAGUGUAAUAUCGAUAGCUUUAUUAUACAAUUAUCUAAUGCGGUAGUGUGCAGUGAAUGGAGAAUUAAUCUCAAAGCGUGUUUAACCCCCAUUUUGGAGUCAACGGCCGGUAGUCCACGUGCUUCUCGUAAAAUCCAGCUAUCGGUUUUACGAGACAACUACAGCAACCACCGAACAGCGUCGUGCUCUAAGAGCAUUUAUUUUGUUCCUACCCUUUUACGUGUCAUUGGCUAUGGGCAACACCGCCCUCAAGUCCAUCAAGAAGAAAAAAAAACUACGCGGUGUCUCAUCUGUUCUCUUCCAUGGCUUUAUACAAUCCAUAAGAAAUAGAGUAGGUAUGUGGUGCUUACAAAAAUGUAUUUCGUAGAAGUAAGCGUUUACGAUCCAAAAUAAAGGGAAGAGCUCCAGAUUAUAACGUUCUACUGCUGUGGAAUAUUGAGCGUAGCCAGAGUAAUUUACACUCUAUUUUUUACUCCUCAUAUGAGAGGAAUUACCGCUCACAAUAAUAAUUAUGAAUAUCAUGGAUUUACUGAGAAGUACGGUCAAACUAAGCAUAGACAAUAAUAGUGUAUUUAUCGUAGUGUACAUACAUAACCAUAGACCGUAGACAAUUUGUGACAUUUUCAACCAAAAGGUAC